CUUCUUAAAUAUGGCGGAUUAGACUGUUAGUGGGGUUGAUGUAGACCGAAUAAUUGGCAAAACGUCGGUUCUUAAUCAAUAUUAAAAUGUCGAAUUACUUACAAACUAUUCUUUGACGUUCCGUGCUUGAUGUGUUUGAAUAUUAUGUAGGUUCGACGUUUUGUUUUCGAAUUCGCCACCCUUCGGUGAGUGAGUGUGUGCAUUUAUGUGUGUGUUCAUACGUCAGAGAGGGAUUAAGUGACAAUCUGGGAGGGUAUGAGUAGACAUGGGCGCCCAGAACACCAAGGAAAGAAGUGUUAACGUUGGAACCCAUUCUAUCAGGACGGCCAGGAGCAGACCCAGGAUAGUGAAAGAUGGACGGCAGACUGUCUCCAACAUUUUCACAGAACACAGCGAGGCGCUGCUGCAAAGUAGACCUCUUCCGCAUAUACCCAGCCUACCUGAAACGGAACCUCCGGGAUCUCUCAGUACCAACACGCUGGGAUCCGGUGGGAUGGGCACUUUGUCGGGCUCGUCCGGUUCUGGCGCACCGUCAACACCGAUGUCGCUCGAAACCGCGAACAGAUGGACGUCCAAGGAAAACCUUUUGGCACAGGAGGAGGACGAUCCGCAGCUGUUCGUGGCUUUGUACGAUUUCCAAGCGGGAGGGGAGAAUCAGCUUAGUUUGAAAAAAGGAGAACAAGUCCGCAUCCUGAGUUACAACAAGAGCGGCGAAUGGUGCGAAGCCCACUCCACCUCGAACCAAAUCGGCUGGGUACCCUCCAACUACGUCACCCCCGUCAACUCCCUCGAGAAGCACUCGUGGUACCACGGCCCGAUUUCGCGAAACGCCGCCGAAUAUCUGCUAAGCUCGGGAAUAAACGGUAGCUUCUUGGUCCGCGAAUCGGAAAGCAGUCCCGGACAAAGAAGCAUAUCCCUACGUUACGAGGGUCGUGUUUACCACUACAGGAUAAACGAGGAUGCGGAGGGUAAAGUUUUCGUAACGGCCGAGAGCAAGUUCAAUACUUUGGCCGAGCUAGUCCAUCACCAUUCGAUGUUGGCGGACGGAUUAAUAACGCAACUGUUGUAUCCGGCACCUAAACACAACAAGCCGACGGUGUUCCCGUUGAGUCCGGAGCCGGACGAGUGGGAGAUCAACAGGACAGACAUCGUGAUGAAGCAUAAAUUGGGAGGGGGACAGUAUGGGGAUGUUUACGAAGCGGUUUGGAAGAGAUACAACAUGACGGUGGCUGUAAAAACCCUCAAGGAGGACACAAUGGCCUUGAAGGAUUUCCUCGAAGAAGCUGCCAUCAUGAAAGAGAUGAAACACCCGAAUCUCGUUCAACUAAUGGGCGUAUGCACCCGCGAACCACCGUUUUACAUAAUCACCGAAUUCAUGAGUAAAGGCAACCUCCUCGACUACCUGCGAAACGGCAACAAAGAGCAAAUCAACGCCGUCGUGCUCAUGUACAUCGCUACGCAAAUAGCCAGUGGUAUGAGUUACUUGGAAAGUAGAAGUUUCAUCCACAGGGAUCUGGCGGCUAGAAACUGUCUGGUUGGUGAAAAUCAUCUAGUCAAGGUCGCCGAUUUCGGGCUGGCAAGACUGAUGCGUGACGAUACCUACACUGCACAUGCCGGUGCCAAAUUUCCGAUCAAAUGGACGGCUCCCGAAGGAUUGGCCUACAAUAAAUUUUCGACGAAAUCGGACGUUUGGGCUUUCGGGAUCCUGUUAUGGGAGAUCGCUACAUACGGGAUGUCACCGUAUCCAGGUGUGGAUUUAACCGACGUUUACCACAUGCUCGAAAAAGGAUAUAGGAUGGAAUGUCCCCCAGGAUGUCCCCCCAAAAUUUACGAACUGAUGCGACAGUGUUGGCAGUGGCAUACCAAAGAUCGGCCUACGUUCAAAGAAAUCCACAAUUCUUUAGAAAAUAUGUUUCAAGAAUCCAGCAUUACCGAAGAAGUAGAAAAACAGUUACAAGGAAACGAGACUGCCGUGCCCUUAGGGACGCCCCACAUGUCCUAUAAAAAAUCACAUUCGGGAAGCACGGGGAAUAUUCAUGGUUUAGUGGGGUUAGGCGAUCAACCAGGUGACAACGUGAGUGUAACAUCAAAGCUGUCGACUUUCACGGGUGGUUCGAAAAACAAUUUGGUUCAAAUGAGGCGUACAACGAACAAGCGAGGCAAGCAAGCUCCGGCACCUCCGAAACGUACAAGCUUGCUGUCUUCUUGCAGUUCGUUCCGGGAUAGUACAUUCGAAGACCAAGGACAAGGCGACAAUGCCGCCGAAGACGGAUCUGAUUUAAACGGUAUUAAAAAAAGAUUCAAAGGUUUGACGAGAGAUUUACAGAACUUGACGGCCAGUACCAAAGGUGAUAGUGAGAGUGAUCUACAGGAUCAAACACCAGAUACUGACGAUUCUGGUGCGCAUUCGUAUCCAGAGGUGUCGUCAGUAAGUAGUUUGGGGUGCGCCACUGGCUCCUUCAAACGGGCUCCAAUCAUGGGCAACAGGGGCUUAGAACAGAGAGGGAAAAAGACUAAGGCUAAAGACACCACUCCUGUGCAGGUUGCAGCCCUGGAAGUGCAAAAUGUCCGAAAAGCCAUCAGCCGCUACGGCACCCUUCCCAAAGGUGCUCGCAUCGGAGCUUACCUUGAAUCUUUGAAACAAAGCGGAAUGGCUACAAACGAAGACAUUCCACCUCAAGUCACCAUCGAACAAUCCGAAACAACACCAAGAUCGUUAUCACCAAGAACCAACAUCCGUACGCAACCGCAAAUGAUCCGAAGCAAUUCUUCCGGCGGCGUUACGACCUUCCACGCAACUCAUCCCCCAAGUUCUCCCACGUCUUCGAAACUCUCCCGUACUAGAAAUAUCUCGAGAAACAACACCGGAGACGUUCGGAGCAGCCUUCGUACAUUUAGGGUCAGCCAGAACACCACUUUUCGGGGCGGAAGCCCGUCUAGAUCGGUCCAGCCGACUUUGGCCGAUCUGGAAUUUCCGCCGCCCCCUACCGAUCUUCCUCCGCCUCCUGAAGAAUUCGACGGACCGAUCGACAUGCCGGAUGGUAUUAGUAUUAUGACUUCUUCGGCGGAGUUGAGGAAGAAGGUGAUCCCGAUCUCGCCGCUUACGUCGAAAAAGUUGCCUAGAGACUACGAAAGUAACGAAAAUAGUGAUGUUAGCACGCUGCAGCCUUCUGUCGAGGAAGCGAGUUCGAGAUUUGGGGUUAGUUUGAAGAAGAGAGAGCCGUCGACUGACAGUUGUAGUAGUUUUAAGGAUAACAAGGAGGAUGCUAAGGAGAAGAGUCCUCAACGAACUAGUCUUAGUUUAACGAGUCCGAGUCAAGAGGGGAGAAGUCCGAUGAGUGUCGAUUCGGAUGUUCCUGUGGUAGGAUCGCCGCUAGAACCACUGCCUCCACCACCAAGUUUUCCAGAAAUCGUUGCGGAUGAAUGUGAUCUUGACAAAGAGAAAGAAACCGACGAAACUCCAUUAGAUGACAAUAAAUCCAAGAAAGUGUUCAAAAACAAGCUCGUCAAAGAAAUGGAGCUGAAAUUGGUUACCGAGAUUAAAGAACGCGCCGAUCAACAGAAGAGCAACAAGAACCUGAAAGAAUCACCGUUGUUAGAACCGUUGUUGGCUGUGAGUGGCAUCAGCCACGAUCCCGUUGCUCAACUAGUGACUGAAUUGUCUCAAUCGUUCAACCUGGAUAAGGAUAAAAAAGACCAAGAAAAGACUCCACCGACUCGAAAAAAUUCACAAGGAAACGUGAGAACUGAAAAUAACAACGGAGUCAGCUUCGUAUCACAGCUCAAGAAAAUCGACCCUACGAAAAAACCGACUGCUAAAGAUAAACCGGAAACGAACGAUUCUAUUAUCGAUUUCAAAUCGAGACUGCGGAAAGUGGAUAGCGGAGGGGACAAAAAACAGGAAGAGGCGAAUACGGAUGAAAACGAACAAGAAACGAGUAAGCGCGAGAGUACGGCUAGUUCAGAUAGUGGUAAUUUGAAAAUCGAAGAGGCGGACGAUAAGAGGAAAAGCACGGGAAGUAUUAGUAGUUUGAAGAAGUUGUGGGAACCUAAAGAGGCCGCGGAUGUUCCAGGGAACGUACAGUUAAGUCCAAAAUUAACUUUAAAAAGCAAAAACAACGAAGAAUUGAUUAGUGAAGUGUCACCGGUGGAUACUUCGGACGAUUCGAUGAAGGGUGAUAAGAAGAGUGAUAAGAAAAACUGGCCUCCGAGUACUGAGGAAAAGCCGGUUAUACCGACUAAGCCUCCAGUUAAAGCGGUUAAACCGAUAAUUGCUGGUAGGCCGGCGGGGUCGGCGAUUUAUGCAACACCGAUAGCGCCUAGUUCGGGAAAUAAGCCACCGAUUAUGGCGAAGCCUGCAAAUUUAGAGAAUAAGACUCCAGAGGAAGAUGUGAAAGAUUCGGGCGAUAAAGUUGGCAAGGACAACAUCCUAGAAUUAUCUCAAGCGUUGGAAUCGACUCUCAGAAGCAUCAAAUCAAACGAUUCUGUGUCGACGACCACCUGGCUUCAGUUAUCGGAUAAAAUAGGUCUGCUGCAUGGUUCUUGCAUGGACUAUGCGGAUAACGUAGUUCCUGCUCAUACAAAGUUUCAAUUCCGCGAACUGCUCACCCGUUUAGAAACCCAAGCUAGACAACUUAGGUCGGCCGGAUCACGCAAUAGCACCGAAAACACUAGGUACAUCAACGAGGUCAACAAUACCAUCAAAGACGUGGUGAAUGUAGUGUUUCGAUAGAAACUUUAUCCUAUUAAAAAAUUAAAAAUACAUUUGUAUUCGACUGUUAGGACCACUCUAAUUAUUACUGAUGAAUACUUUUGUAGUUAAGUCCUUGCAUUUAUCAAAUUUUUUACGUACGGUGUGGUGGUAGUUCUUCAAGUGCGUUUUAGUUGAUUUUUAAUUAUUAUUAUUCGGAUACGUGACGCAUCAUUCCAUACUCGACUUACGGAAUUUUUUUGUCAUCAGGUUCUGUUCUUUAAUUUUCGAUGCGUUACCUGAACGACCCCGUGUUAUUUUCACUAAACUGUGAUACCAUUAUAUUGUUUUAGGCAUACAUGCUCAAUCAUAACUUAUUUACUUUUAGCUACCCUAGAAUUUCCUUUGUUUCUGGGAACAGGAAUUCUCGUUUGUAUUUUUUAAUUUUAUUUUAACUUAUUCAUUCGGACUUUUCUUCGUUUAUAUUACGUAGACGAAGGAAAACUGAUAAAAACUUAUGCUAGUCUUUUUUAUUUGUAAAUUAUCGUUUGAACGUGUGAGUGUUCAAUAAUAGCCGUAAGAAAUACUUAUAGUUUGUGUAGAGUUACUAUAAAAUAUAAAUUUUGUACAAUCCCAAAGAUACUAUUAAAAUAGCGAAUUGAAGGAUCGUGUUUGUUUAUAAUUUCUUUUCUUCACGCAUGGUACUCUGUUCCAAGUUUUUAAUCCUGAGUUGUAUAUAUAUUUUUUUGUUAUUUUGUCAAACUAGUGUAGGAAAAGAAACUAUAACCAAACUAAAACAACCUGCUCAUUUUUUAUAUCAAGACUUUUGGUUUAGUUCAAAUUGCCAAAUGAUGUGUUUGGUGUUUAAAAAUGCAUAAACUAUUAUGCUUUCCUAGUGUGUGUUUUGAACAAUAUUAAUUACAACGAUAUACUCAAUAUUUGUGCAAAAAUAGAACCACUGGAUAAAUAAUAGCUGCUAAUAAGUGUCAGUUUAUUUGUGUUUAUCAAAUUAUUCUAUACCUAUUAGUAAACGACUUUACAGUGUAUUAUUCCUUUUUCAGUACCGACAUUUAAUUUAAUUACGUACAGGUGCCGAUUUAAAGAAAGAAUUCAUGAACAAGCAACAUUCUUUAACACCAAAAUUAUACAGUGUGUUUAUAAAAUACGGAAUAAAUUAACUGAAAAUUAUGACGUUAGCAUUCUUGAAAUGUGGUGAUUAUAAAUUUUUGUAUGCGUUUUAAACAUUCAGACAAAACUGUGACAAGCUCCGCCAACCUGCGUUUUUCUUUCUUUAAAUCACGCAUUUAUCAGUACGAGGUGAUGCAUGAAAUAAAUAGUGAUGUAUUUCAUUUCCCUUUUGUAUAACAGCCUCCAAUUUUAGUAUUUGUGUGAAUCGUGCCAUGAUAUUUAAUUUGAAUCAAAACUCAAAAAAAUGAAUUCUAAAGUAGUUCUCGAUUUUGUGAUUGGAGUGUAUCAUGACCCUGAAGUCUGCACUGUCAUAGUUUUAGCAUUUUUGUAUGAGUACGCAGUUUUGAUAUUUUUUGUAUAUACCUUUGCUGAAUUUUGUACAGGCUUUCUAGAUAGGGAAUAACAGACUGUAUCUAUUUAAAAAAUAAAUUUGCUAAUUUAAAGAAAAA